UUCGGCGCUCACCUCGGCCGCGCAGCCGCGCGCACGGUCCGCGGUGGCACCAGGCGGAGCGCAGCGAGAGCGGGAGCGCGCCAUGGACCCAGUGACCUUUGAGGAUGUGGCUGUGAGCUUCACCGAGGAAGAAUGGGCCUUGCUGGAUGUUUUCCAGAAGAACCUCUACAGAGAUGUGAUGCAGGAAACCUACAGGAAUCUGACGUCUAUAGGAACGAAAUGGGAACAGUGGAAUUUGGAAGCUUACUACAGAAGUCUAAAGAGAAAUAUGAGAAUACAAAUGGUAAAGAGAGACGAUGAACUUGCAGACAAUGGCCUGUAUAGAGAAGCCAUAGCCCAAAAUCCAGUCGAUAUCACAAACAAGACUCCUGAACUUCCUGAUUGCCACAACAUCAGUCAGUCGUCCCCGGAGAGGCAUGUUAUGUUCAGCUCUAAGCAGAGAACCUGUGACUAUCAGAAAUAUGUAAAGAAAUACUGUGAAUGUGAAACAUGCGGUAAAGCCUUUAUGUGCUCAAGCUCCCUUAAAAAACAUAAAAAGAUCCACAAUGGAGAGAAACCUUAUAAAUGUCUGCAUUGUGAGAAAGCCUUUCGUUAUCGGCACUGCGCCGAUAGGCAUAUGCUAACUCACAAUGCAGACAGGCACAAAUGCAAGGUGUGUGGAGAAACCUUUCCUAAUGCUGAUGCCCUUCGGGGUCAUAAGACAAUUCACUCUGGAGAGAUACCUGAAUGUAAGGAAUCUGGGAGGAUGUUCUGGACUGUCAGUUCCCUGGACAUGCAUAGAAGGCUUCAUACAACAGAAAAACUUUAUGAAUGUAAACACUGCCUGAAAACCUUCAAGAGUUACUGUUCCUUUAAACUACACGAGAGGAUUCACACUGGGGAGAAACCUUAUGAAUGUAAGCAGUGUGGGAAAACCUUCAGACAUUCCAGCCAUGUUCAAGCACAUGAGAGAAUUCACACUGGAGAGAAACCCUAUGAAUGUAAAGAGUGUGGGAAGACCUUCACUUCUGGCCACUGCGCAAGAAGACAUUUAGGGACACACAGUGGAGCCUGGCCUUACAAAUGCGAGGUGUGUGGGAAAGCUUAUCCUUAUGUCUAUUCCCUUCGAAACCAUGAAAAAAGCCACGCCAAGGAGAAACUUUAUGAAUGUAUGCAGUGUGGGAAAACCUUUAAAUAUAGUUCUUCCUUACGGAACCAUUUGACCACUCACACUGGAGAGAAGCCGUAUGAAUGUAAGGAGUGUGGGAAAACCUUCAGUUGUUCCAGUUACAUCCAGAAUCACAUGAGAACACACAACGGACAGCCCUACAAAUGUCAGGAGUGUGGUAAGGGGUUCUCGUAUUCCAAAAGUCUGAGGAGACACAUGCAUCUACACAGUCAGUUGGUGAUGGGUAGUUUUAAGUAUGAGUUAGAAGUCGAGUGUGAGUAGAAGAACUCCACACAUUCCAGCACAUGGGGUAAAAAUGAGCCUAGGGGUGCAGUGUGUGUGGGAAAAUCUGCACAGUUUCAGUCAGAAGUAUGUGCCAGAGUUUGUUCGGUGUGUCAAACCCUGUGAGUUCACAUCCUGUUGGGAAGCAUUUCAGCGCUGAGGACUUGAGAUGAAUACACACUUGGGAAAGCUUUUUGCCCAUCCUUGUUAGCACACAUGGGCAGGAAGACACAGUGGAAAGAAAACCUAUCCCUGUUAAUAGGAUGGGAAAGUUCUACCUUGAAUUUCAGCAGUGUGGGAAAGUCUUCAGUAAGCUCCCCCACAGACCCAGACUCUGUAAAUGAAGGAAUACUUGAACUUUUGCAAUGUUAAUGUUUUCAAACCCAUGACAUGAAGUGAGUCCCCAAAUCUCAUAAACCUAAGAAGUUUAAAACCUGUUGAUUCCAGUGCUGUCCAGAAGCCACAAUUGCAAAGAAAUGUCAUAGUGUCCUGUGAUCUUUCUCCAGCUCACUGCUAAAUGUGUGGAUUUCUGAUUCUUAGUCAUAAUUCUGUUGGUGUUUUUUGAUUUAGUUAUACAUGGUUUUUGUUUGUUUGUUUUGGUUUUUGGUUUUUCGAGACAGGGUU